ACACACGCACACACACACACACACACACACACACACACACACACAUUCGUACGCACUGAAACAACUUCCGUACCUCACGAAAACAUAUUUAAACAGAUGGAAAAAACUAUCGCAGAACACAGUGUCACGUAGCAACUGGUCUUUACGGUCGUUUGAAACAACAGGUCAGUUUGGGGGACAAAAGGAGGGUUCAGUUUUUACUGACUUCCCAUCUGACAGUUUAAAUGUUUAUGACCGUUUGAAUCAACAGGUCAGUUUGGGGUACAAAGGAGGGUUCAGUUUUUAUGGGAGCUUGAGAAUUUCGUAUGAAUAGAAACUGGCCACCCAUUUGACCGUUUAAAUGUUUACGACCGUCUGAAACAACUUCCAUACCUCACGAAAACAUAUUUAAACAGAUGGAGAACUAGAGCAGAACACAGUGUAACCGCGAUUUGCAAAAUGAAAGGUAAUUUCUUUUUUUUUUUUUUUCAUUCCUUGUAACACGUCUGUUUAAUGUUACUAUAAUAAGUAUUUAUUCGAACUAAAAACAGUCGAACAUCGAGUUGAAAUUCACCCACCACCAAGGGAUCUCCUAACAGAGUCUCCAAUCCUUUUGUCCGAUGACGACGAAGUGAAAGACGAAGAACUUUGUUUGAUCGAUCUUACAAAGUUGGAAGAUGAUUAUCGAGAGGAUUCGCCGGAAGAGACCAACGCGAUCCCUUUAACCCAAUCGCAGUCUGGGUCCGUCAACGGCCAUUCCAGGCAGAGGAGAAGGCUUGAUUGCGCCAAAGACUCCAGACAUCGAAUCCUUGCUCCGUGGGGAAAUCAUCGAAAACGACGGUGAAUGUCCAACAGGCACCCGCUGCAACAAACGCAGGAGGAAGCGUAGAUGCGCCCGCCAGCUCGACAAACAUGAUAGAAACAGAAGAAGGCUGAAACAGUACUAUCGUAUACUGGCUCGCACUCUCAUGAAGAUGGCAGACAUGAUUUGAUACAUACUGGUUUGUUAUAUCUGUUCCAUUCGAAUUAUUUUUUCUUUUUUUUCUUUAGAGAAAUAUAAUGGGUGUAGUUCCAUCUGAAUUAGAUGUAGUUAUUGAAGAAGAUGAAGACGUUUGUAAUCAUCAUUUAGAUCCAAACAACCAGAUAGAAUGGGAACCAAACAAUGAUCCGUCUUUGCAAGAUGAUAUUAAUGUGUUAAAUUCAAACACAAACACACAAGCCUCUACACAGCAUCACGAUGUGUUGGGAGGGGCGACACCCUCGGGGGAAUGUUUGGAUUUUUCGGAGGUGGUGGGGGUCAUGCAGAACCAACCGUCAACGGCUGACCAAUCAAUUUCAAAUGAGACCCAGAGGGGUGAUGGGGUAAAUGUCUUGAGGAGGGAAACAUUCAACAAUAUACAACUAUCCAGCGUUUUAACUUUUCCUCAAAACAACGAUGUAACAGAUUACGCCACAUUUUACCGCGGAGUCUUGGGGAGCCUUAAAAAGCUGACACAGAUGGUAACUAAGGAAGCUAGACCCGGCGAUAUCAUUCAAUUGGAGUUAUCCGGUGAAAGUGCAAAUCAACACACUUCAUUUACAUUUCGAAACGAUGCCGGGGCUGUGAUGAAUGCUUUUCAAGAUGUGUUAGAUCUGUUGGUACAAUCAAACGUUGAAAUAUUGAACGAUGAAGAAAUACAGGUGAUGGUCCAGGUGAUACAUAACCCUCGAGGUGGUGUAAGAAGAAAAAUCGAAACCCUUUUGGAACAUGAAAUCCGCAGAAAAAAAGCUCGUUAUCUUUACAAUCCAUUAAACUCGAAUAAUCAACUAUGUUUUGCCAUUAGCCUAGCAAGUCUGUUACAUCCUGAAUUUACAGAUAGCCAGGCUGUGGCGGAGGCUGAAAAAAUACAGAGAAAAGCGGGCUUAGACGAACAGACUUCCGUCACUUUCAGUCAUAUUCGUGAAUUUGAAAAAGUGGUACGUCGUAAAAUUGUCAUACUGUACAGAGAAGAGGGCCAACGACCCCUCUCACGGUUCGAGACGGAUUACCCCAAAUCAGAAAAUCCGUUGUAUCUGUAUUUAUCUCAGAAUCAUUACAGCGGUAUCAUUAACAUUAAAGGUUUUUUGUCAAAACCGCACGUUUGUCACUACUGUUACCAAGGGUACGACAAACCCGACAGACACAAAUGCGACGGCUAUUGCUUGGUCUGUACACAAAACGGGUGUGUAAAAAUAGAGGGGAAAACUGUGCUUUGCAGGGAUUGCAACAUGUGGUGUCGUUCUCCUGCAUGUCUCCUCAGACACAGGGUAAAACACCGGGUUAUGGAAAAACUCGUCAGCAACUGCGAUCGGCGAAAGAAAUGCCUUAAAUGCAACCUAUUUUACGAUGUACCUGUGGCUACAGGUAUCGCUAAACACACGUGCCCUAAGUUAAAAUGUCAAAUAUGUAAAGAAGAGCUACCUCGCAGUGACUCAGAGACACCUGAAACACGACAUCUUUGCUAUAUACAACCCCAACCACGUGAAGUAAACCACAAUGAUAAUAUCAUAUUCUAUGAUUUUGAGACGUUUGUCGAUGACAAUCACACUCACAUUCCCUUUCUAGUCUGUACCAAGACGCUGCAAGGAGAAGAGUGGUGUGCUUUUGGACUGGAUUGUGUUACAGUUUUCCUCAAUCAUUUCAGGAAACCUCGUUAUCUUAAAUCUACAUUUAUAGCCCACAAUUCGAGAGGAUUUGACGGUUACUUGAUUCUGAGAGGCAUGGUACGGCUGGGUAUAGCACCCUUAAUUAUCAUGCAGGGGAGUAAAGUUCUCUGUUUUAAAGACCCUGAUUUUUUGCAAAAAUACAUUGACUCGCUUUCCUUCCUUACCAUGCCGCUUAGCGCUAUGCCAAAAGCGUUAGGACUCGGUGAUUGCUGGUCCAAGGGGUAUUUUCCUCACAAAUUUAGUUCGGAGGAACAUUUAAAUUAUGUCGGAAAAUACCCCGCAAUCAGCAAUUACGGUGUAGAACGCAUGACACCUGUUGAACGCACCAAGUUUGAGACGUGGUAUCAAAAUGAGAAAAGCGAGGUCUUUGAUUUUCAAAAACAAGCGGUACACUACUGUAAAAACGACGUCAAUGUUCUUCGUGAGGGUUGCAUCAAAUUUAGAGCCGAGUUUACGAGCGAGACGGGUGUUGACCCCUUCUCCCGUAUCACCAUAGCCUCGGCCUGCAUGAAGGUGUUUGUGACUAAUUUCCUCGAGCCGCGUUCUCUAGCCAUACCUUCCCCGGAUAACUACCGAGGGUUGUGUAAAAAAUACUCACACACCAGCAUCCAAUGGUUAGAAUGGGAGUCGCAUCGUCGUGGUAUUUUCAUUCAGCAUGCUUUAAACAAAGGCGAAAAACAGAUGGGGGCAUACUUUGUGGAUGGGUUUGCUAUAAUCGGUGGCAAACCAUUCGUCUGGGAAUUUCAGGGGUGUUUUUAUCACGGAUGCCCGACGUGUUUCGAACCCGGUGCUGUAUGCCCUUUGACAAACACACCGUUCGAGGAGUUGCACAAGGCUACCGAGAAAAAAAUGAAAGCGUUAAAGCGUGACCACAAGGUCAACAUCAUCGUCAUCAGAGAGCACGAGUGGAAUGAAAUGAAAAAAUCAAACCCUAGGGUAAUAGACUUUCUCAAAACACGCAAUUACCCCGCACCUCUCAUGCCUCGAGACGCUCUUUAUGGAGGUAGGACAAGCGCCUUUUGCUUGAGGCACACGGCGGGUGAGAACCAGCGUGUAUUGUAUGAGGAUGUCACCUCUCUCUACCCGUACGUCAACAGCGCAUUUCCUUACCCCCUGGGUCAUCCUGUCAUCAUCCACACGGAUUUUGACGAUGUUGGAAACUAUUUCGGUCUGGUCAGAGCCGUUGUUCACCCUCCUCGAGGUCUCUAUUUCCCUGUGCUACCCUACAGAACGGUCAAGGGUAAACUAGUGUUUACACUUUGCCGCACAUGCGCAGAAAACAAUAACCAGCAGGAACCCUGCGAACAUGAUGAGGAAGGAAGGGCAUUGACGGGAGUCUGGGUCACGCUCGAAUUCAACAAAGCUUUACAGUUGGGAUACAGAGUCGGUAAGAUUACGGAGGUGUGGCACUUUGAAGAACGGAGCGAAACCGUUUUUACGGGUUAUGUUCAAACUUUCCUAAAGGGUAAGCAAGAAGCUUCAGGGUAUCCCAAAGAAGCCGUCGAUGCAGAAAGCAGGGAAAAGUACAUUCGUGAAUAUCGUGAAAAUCAGGGAAUACAGCUGGAUGCUGAAAAAAUCGAACCCAACCCUGCCAAGAGACAAAUGUCAAAACUCUGUUUAAACAGCCUUUGGGGAAAGUUUGCGGAGAGGUGCAAUAGAACUCAGACCACCUUGGUGAGAAAAAGUGAAGUAUUUUUCGACUUUGUAUUUUCAGGAAAAUAUCAGGUUGAAUAUUUUUCCUUUCUCAACGAGCAAAUUGCUAUGGUGCAAUGGCAAUACAGUAAAAACAGCGUGGUGCUUCCCGGUAACACAAAUAAUGUAUUUGUCGCUGCUUUUACCACCGCUUACGCACGUUUGAAAAUGUACGGUUACCUAGAGGGGUUGCAAGAGAGAGUUCUUUACACAGACACCGAUAGUUUAAUCUACACGGUAAACGAGGGGGAAGUUUCUCUGGAGACGGGGUCCUAUCUAGGCGAUUUGACGGAUGAGUUGGGAGGAGACAGCAUUCACGAAUUCGUCUCCGCCGGUCCAAAGAGUUAUGCCUACCAUACCCUGCAGGGUAAAAAAACUGUGCUGCGUGCCAAAGGAAUCACUCAAACCCGCGAGUGUUGUGAGAGGGUCAACUUUGACAGCGUUAAAGAUUUGGUGGAGGGCUAUCUGGAGGAAGACAAAACAGGUGCGAUCUACACCCCUCAUCACCAAAUUGUUCGUGAUAAAAGGGGGUUCCUUUUAAAUAACUCGUCUUUCGAAAAAAAGUUUCGAGUGGUGUAUGACAAAAGACGUCUCUUUCCCGACGGGAAAACUUUACCUUUCGGGUAUUAGAGAGGAAAUGGAAAAAAUGGAACGAGUAGACUUUGAUCCCAGAUUUCAUACACCUUUUUCAUGCCUGGUUGUAGGACCUAGUGGUUGCGGAAAGACUUUUUUUGUAAAAUGUGUAUUGGAAAAUUGUGAACACGUCAUGAAUUCUAUACCCGACAACAUUGUGUGGAUUUAUACAUCUUUCCAACCCAUGUAUGCUGAAUUAAAAAAGAUGAAUAAAAAAAUAAAAUUUGUUGAA